AUGGCCGCACCGACCAGCACUGUCGAUCACUUUGAGUUCACCAUCCUACCUGAACAUUUCAUCAACUACCACGAGGUUGCCAAAUCCAGUCCCGGAGGCAAAGCAACGACACAGGCAGGGCUUGGCCUGUUGGAUCGGCCCUUCGGAGUCACUGAUCGGAACCUGGAAAGGCGGGAUGCGAAGCCGUGGGAUCGUCUUGCCGCGGAUGUCAACCGGUUGAAUGAGCAGAGUCCUGAUGGGGUUGCCUAUAAAGUCUUGUAUCUGACGAGACAUGGUAUCGGAUACCACAACGUUCAGGCUGCCAAGGUUGGAUCGGAUGAGUGGAAUCGGUACUGUUCUCACCUUGACGGCUAUGGUACCGUCACUUGGCUGGAUGCAGAGCUUGUAGACGAUGGUGUUCGCCAGGCGAGAGAUCUAAGCGCCUUUUGGAAAGCUGCCACGGCGGCCGAAGGAGUUCCCUUCCCGCAAUCGUUCUACACGAGUCCUCUUCGCCGAUGCCUGGAAACCAGUAAGCUGGUUUUUGGCAGUCUCGUGGAAGAGAAGGGCGGGACAUUCAGGCCGGUCAUCAAGGAGGGGCUACGGGAGCGCAUGACUGACCAUACAUGCGACAAAAGAAGCUCAAAGACGUGGAUUGAAGGGGCCUACCCAGAGUACAUCGUCGAACCGGGCUUUACGGAGGAAGAUCAACUUUGGAAGGCAGAUCAGUUCGAGAACACCAAGAGUCACGUUGCCAGAAAGCAACGGGUUUUGGAUGAGAUUUUCUCAACUGAUCCUAACCAGUUCAUCUCGUUGACAGUACACUCCUAUGCGAUUGGUGCGAUCUUACAGGUUGUUGGUCAACAGGAGUUUCGGGUAAGAGAAGGCUCCUCUCUUGCUAUUCUCGUUCGAGGCGAAAAGGUGUCUCCAUCUACAUAG